AUGCAUCAUCAAACUUGUCUCAAAACGCUCAUAUUUUUCGGGUUUGUUCAAUUAGCGUUUAGUGCUUCUUAUAUUGCAAAUGAUGUUGUUAGCGAUUAUGCUGAAGUCAAAGAAUUACUCACGGCAUUUUAUAGAAGACAUGCUAAAAAAUUUGGACAUGAUUAUGUAAGUUCUCAAAUUUUUCUGCCGAAGAGAAAGGUUUUCUGAAAAUAUUGUUUUUUAGGAUCCGGUAGCAAUUCAAGCUGUAGCUGAAAAUAUGGACAAAUCAAUCAAGAACGAUAAGAGUGAAGUCACAGUCAAUAGAAAACUUUGGAAUGAGGUUUUCGAAAAUGAUAUCAUUCUGACACUUCCACAAGCUGAAGCACUUUUAUCAGAAUCAAGUGAGCUAGAAACAAACUUGGUUUAAACCUAUAGAACAUUCUGAGACAUCAUGAAAUACUUAUUUUAAAUAUUUCAGAUUCCCCAAAAGCCUCCCGCGCUAGACGUCAAGCCCACUUGGAUCCUCGUAAUUUCUGGCCAAACCUAACAAUUUCAUAUGAAUUUUACGGAGGAGAAGAUUCAUGGAGAGAUUUGAUUAGAAAAGCUAUCAAACACGUCGAAUCAAAUGUCUGCUUCAGAUUCAAGGAAAAUGGAGGAGAUCGUGAUGGUUUAAGAUACUACAGAGGAAAUGGAUGUUGGUCAAAUGUUGGAAGAAUUGGAGGUAGACAAUUGGUUUCAAUUGGAUAUGGUUGUGAAAAUGUGAGCAGUUUUUUUUCAUAGGAAAUUAUUUUUAAAAUGUAUUUAGAUGGGAAUUGUUUCUCAUGAAACUUUACAUGCUUUGGGUUUGUGGCACGAACAAUCAAGAGAUGAUCGAGAUAAUUACAUAUCCAUUGAUAAUUCAAAAAUUACUAGAGGAACUGAAGGAAACUUUGCCAAAAGAACCCCGCAGAACAGUGAUAAUUUGGGACAACCGUAUGAUUUAGGAUCAGUUAUGCACUAUGGGUCAAAAGCUUUCGCUUUUGAUUGGGUUAGGUAAACUUUUUUAUAGAAUAUCGGCAUAUAGAAAAAAACAAUUUGUAGUAACACAAUUUUGACAAAUGACGCGAGAUAUCAAAAUACUCUUGGACAACGUGAAGGGUUGUCAUUCAAAGAUGCAAAAAUGAUCAAUACAAGAUAUUGUCAAGAUGUUUGCCCAAGAAAACUUCCAUGCAUCAAUGAAGGAUACACAGAUCCAAAUAAUUGUUCAAAAUGUAGAUGUCCAAAUGGUUAUGGUGGAACAUAUUGUGAAAAUGUUGAAUAUACUUCUUGCGGUGGAGAUUUGGUUGCUGGAAGCUCGUACAAAACUAUCAAAAGUGGAAUGGUCACACCGGAUUCGCAUUGUGUUUGGAGAAUUAGAGUAAGUUAGAAAACGUGUAAAUUUAAAAAAUAAUCAUGAUAUGAACUUCAUGAACUUGGUUGUUACAAAAAAAUUCACUACUCAAGUUUAUUAAAUUUCAGAAUCCUGGAGGCCUGAUCGAAAUCAACUUUGACUCUGUAAACUUCCAAUGUUCUGAUCCUUGCACAAGCUACGUUGAAGUUAAAUGGUUGAGUCAGAAGACAUCAGCCGGUGCGAGAAUUUGCUGUGAUGUUCCAGCCACCAUCAAAUCGGAAAACGAUGACGUUCUUGUGAUUUAUAAAAGUGAUUCUGCUGCACCAUACGGAUGGAGAGGUUUCAAUUUGAAUUAUAGAGCAGGUACAUUAUUUUGAGUGAAUAUUAAAAAAAUACUAAACUUUAUUUCAAUUAAGUUGGUGGAAAUCCACAAACAAUUGCACCAACCACAGUUGCUAUAACUCAACCAACAACCACAACCACAACAACUACGACAACGGUAAGAAAACAGACACGAACAUCGAGACCAUAUUGGACACGCACCAAAAAUGGUUGGAUUCACUGGGAACGCACAAAAAUUUACACACCCGAUGGAUCCAUUUGGACUGUUGAAGAUCCAUCAAAAGCACCAUUGCAUGAACUAUCCUCUAUCGUGAGAUAUCCUUUUUUCUAUGUCUAACAUUUUCCGUUUCAAUUCUAACUCGACACUUUUCAGUUUUCAGCUUUUAUGUUUUUAUGAUUUUCAUUUUAUUUUCAACUAAAAAAACCUGGAAUUUUCAUUAAAAGUUAUAUUUUAAGACAACUACACAGCCUCCAACAACCACAACCUCAGUCGCCAGUUGGGGAGGUUGGGGUCAAUGGUCCGCCUGUUCUCAACCUUGCGGUGGCUGCGGUGUUCGGACUAGAGCUCGCGCCUGUUAUGGUGGAAAUCAAAAUUGCCCGUAAGUACAUCAAUUUGAUUAUCACUUCGUAGAUAUUUUUCAGUGGAGAAAAUAUCGUAUCGGAGCCUUGCAACACUCAAACAUGCGCAAAACCAAAGAAAGGAAUGAUUUGUAAUGGUCGACUUCUUCUUCCAUGUGAUCUUCUCUCAAAACUUUCAUUCGGAUCUAACAAUUAUCUCAAUCCAAAGUUGAAGCAGUCUGGAGUGUCCAGUCGUGAGUUUGGAUUUUUAAGAGUGCCCAAACUAUUUCACUCAACACAACAAAAACAAACAUUUAUGAUCUCUAUCGUUGUCAGCGUGGUUAACUUAUUAUCAUAUUAAAGAGAAAGUAGAUCUUUGAACGUAAACCAUUAUUUAUCAACAAGUUAUUUAUAAGGGCUUUUGAUAACAUGUAUUAGAAUAUUGUACUAACUUGACCAUGCAGACAACAAUCUAGACUUUGUAAAGUACCAAGACUUUUUUUGAAAUUGCAAAUUUUGAUACCAAUUUUCAAGAAUAGAUUUUAGAACAUGCAAAAUGUGUUCAAAGUUUAUUCUUCAGUUUAAAAAAUUAUUUCCAGCAAACAUGCUCCCACUUCCUCGCGUUUCUCAAAGAGCCCCAUUCUACGCAACUGAAAAUGCCAAUACUUCUGCAUUUGCUGUCAGUUCUUCGAUUCGUCGUGUCAAACGUCAAACUGCAACUCGAAUCUGCGAGAAGAAAUUCAUAUAUAAUUGCCCAACCGGUCUGUUGACAAUUGAAAUGGAAUACAAGAAACCAUCCGAAGGAUCAAAUGAUGCUUAUUUCGUAAGUUUCAGUGUGAAUUGAAAAUAUUCUUUCAUUAAAUAUUAUUUUUCAGCAAGAAUAUGCAGAAUGUUGUUCGGGUUAUUGGCCACAUGGCGGUACUUGCUACAAAAACGAGUAA